CCAGCCACAUUUCCUAUGGCUCAGGGGCUGCUGGCGCGACUCCUGGUGGUUGCCUCGGCCCUGGGUGACAGCAGCCGCGCACAUUCUGCCCUGCGGGCACUGUGGGCUCUGCACCGCAUGAUCCACCCUGCUGUUGGAGAGCAGUGGAGGGUCAAGAUUCCCAUCCUGCUCUCGACUAUUGAAGGAAACAAGCAAGGAAGGAGCACAGUAUCUCUGCAGAAUGGAAAGGGAGAGGGGAGGGGAGGUUGCAGCCUCCUGGAGCCCCCCGUGGCACCGGUCCCCCUCUGCAGCAUCGCAUGCUUGAGAGCUUCUACUCUUUGCCAGGGGGCGCGAAUCCAGGGCCUUGACAACAUGGAGGUUGAUGGGACCCAGGGUAGGGUUUGCCCAUGAAGGGCUCCACCAGAUUAACCACUCUCCUGCAGUUCUCUGAACUCUUGGGAGGUUUCUGUUGCCAGAGGAAACCUCUGUGCACGUUGCCUUUCUACGAAGCCCGGUCCUGUACUGUGCUGUGCCGAGCACAUCCGUGAGGUGCUGAGCACCCUCCAGGCCCCUUAUGGCCACUUCUGCAGGGACUGGUCAUGCACAACGUUCAGACAUGCCAGCAGGGUAUAUACUAGAGCGCAGGGCCUGUGACCUUGAGAUCCCAGGAGGUGACUGGGUGCGGAUGCAGGAGUUGCUAAAGACUUGAUGCCCAGGGAGGCAACUAAGACUCUUCUUCAGUGCCUAUGGCAGUGACACCCUUCUUGUUUGCCUCCCAGCUUCAGGAAAUCCUGAGACCUCCCAGGACAAUGUGUGGUGGGAGCACCUGCUGCUGAAGUUCCUGAACAUGACACUGAAGAGCAUUGCUGACGAUGCCUGGAGCAGUCAGCUGAGCCUGGAGCUGCAGCACCAGACAGCCAGUUAUGCCUGCUCCUCCCCGGAGAAGCACGUUGUGACCAUCCUGGCAUUCUCAGCCGAGGGCCACCUGGACCUCACCCUGGGCACAAUGGAGGACUUUGGUGCGGCUCUGAGUAAAGUGCAGGUGUCUGGGAUAGUCGGCCGCCUGCAGGACUAUCACCAAGAGAAAAGAGCCAGGACCCACAGGGCCUUGAUACUGGCCUACGGCCGAAUUGCUGUCCAUGCCCCCCGAACACAGCUGCUCCCCCGCGUGGAGCAUGAUCUCACCAGGAAGGUCCUGCAGUAUUACAUGACCAGCUGCCAGGUGCUUGGCAUCAUCUUUGUCAAUAAGGACCCGGACCUAAAGCUGACCCUGAUCCGGUCGGUCACUGAGAUUAGCCGUGCCAUCCAGGACGCAGACGACUCCCAGAGCUUCCAGUUUGCUUACAAAGAGGAGCUCCUGGGGUACAUGCUGGACUUCAUGAAAGAGGAACCAAUGGAUUCCUUGGCCUCUCCUGUUCGCCUCAGGGCCAUGCUUGCCAUUAAGCACCUGAGCAAGGUGAAACCCUCACUAAAUCGGGAUGAAAACAGAAACAUCCUGGAUGACUGCUUAAAAUGCCUGCUGCCUCUUCCAGCUGUUCAGCAGCUGAGGGAAAAGAGUGAGACCUCUCAGGACUCUGUCCAAGUACAGGCACUGCACGAGUUGUCCAUGCAGGCCUUGGGCGAGCUCAUGAGGGGCCUCCUUGAAGAAGACCCCGCUGAGAAUUGGUUCAUGGAAAUGGUCCAUCUGCUUGAGCCAUGGAUCUUCUCUGACAAGGAGCGGGAGAGAGAGAGGGCCUUGCAGGCCAGCUCCCAGCUUCUUGUUGCCUAUCAGGAGACAGUCUAUUGCAGACUACAAGAGCCUUUGGAGCAGUUUGGGUCCCUGCUGGGGCUGCUGGCCCCAUACACUUGCAGCUAGCUGUCUUGCUGCAUCCCGCCUGUGGGCCGCCGACUGCAUUUUCUGCCUUCUGCAGCUACAAAGCCAGUCCGGGACAAUGGAUGCAGCAGAGGGGGAGCUGAGAGGUCUCUGGGAGGAGCUCAAAGCUGCCAGCC